UCAUCUAGAUGGUUUUUAUAUUUGUUUUGAAUUUUUCGCUUUUCGGUCAGUUUCUCCGGAGACAUUUUUGAGAGCGUGUCAGCAAGCAAAUGAAAAGCUUUUCCAUUUCAAUCGUAAACAAAAUACUUUUCAGUCGUUCUUCUCCAUUCCGUUUGAAAACAUUCAUACAAAAUACAAACUCGAAGCAUUUUUAGAAUUAUUUUGUCUUUCACAAUUUUUAUAAAUAGAUUUUAUUUUUUCAUAAUUAUUUGGAAAUGAAAUUUAAUUUUCGAAUUUCUUAAAAAUGAAAAUAUCAAGAAAUGUGUUUCCAGUAAUCAUUGUCGUUUUACUUGCAUCAAUUCAAUUGACAUGGACAUACGAGUACUCCUACAAUCCACCAGGAGUCGAUGGGUUGCGAAUCGGUUUAAUUUCCGACCAAAAUGUCCCAGAGAUGACAACAAUUUUUGAAAGUGCAAUUCAAACGGCAAAUGUAGAUUUAGAAAUACCACUUCAGUCUUCAACAGCUGAAAUAGUUUAUGGUAAUUCAUUUGAAGCUUACACCACUCUAUGCCGAAUGUUAAUGACCGGUAUUGGUGGAGUUUUUGGACCUUCGGCAAGAAAUUCAGCUUUACAUUUGUUAAAUAUUUGCGAUCUGAAAGAAAUUCCUUAUGUUUAUUCUCAUAUGAAUAUUGGUGUAGAAAAACCCAUGAUAAACUUACAUCCUCAUCCCAGUCAUAUUGCUCAAGUUAUACGAGAUAUCGCAGAUGCUUACACUUGGACAAGUUUUACAUUCCUUUAUGAGUCAGGUGAAUUUCUUCCUAUUCUCAAUGAGUUAAUGGAUUUAUACAAACUUGGAGGUCCAUUCAUAACAGUUCGAAGAUAUGAUUUGCAAUUGAAUGGAAAUUAUAGAGCCGUCUUACGAAGAGUUCGGAAAUCAGACGAUAGUAAUGUUGUUAUUGUCGGAUCUACACAAUCGUUACCAGAAGUUCUGAAACAGGCUAAACAAGUUGGUAUUAUAACCGAAGAUUAUAAUUACAUUAUUGCAAAUCUUGAUCUGCAGACCAUUGAUUUGGAAGACUUUAGACAUAGCGAAGCCAAUAUUACUAGUUUUCGCUUGUUUUCUCCUGAUCAACCGGAAGUUAAAAAACUUAUUCAGGAAUUAGGAUAUCCUGAGGAUGAUAAUGAAAGAAAUAUUACAUGUCCAAUAACAACAGAAAUGGCUUUACUAUAUGAUGCUGUACAAUUGUAUGCAGAAACAACAAAGACAAUAAGCUUUCGAACGAUUCCUUUGAAUUGUUCAGAUGCAAGUGUUUGGGAUAAAGGUGAAACAUUUGGCAACUACAUGGCUUUGAGCGUUAAAGAAGGUCUUACGGGAAAUAUAUUUUUUGAAGCCGGCAUCCGAACAGAUUAUACUUUUGAAAUUGUCGAACUUACAUCAGCGGGUCUAAAUAAAGUUGGGACCUGGCAUACAGAAAAUGGACUUACUACGAGCCGAACUAUGCCAUCAAGUGAUGUAGUUAGUACGGGUGAAUUGUCUUUGGCAAAUAAAACUUUUACUGUUUUAUUGGCAUUGAAUGCACCACAUGCUAUGUUGAAACAGUCAACUGUUAAACUAUCCGGAAAUAGUCGUUAUGAAGGAUUUGGAGUUGAUCUUAUUAAAGAGUUAGCUGAAAAAUUGGGAUUUAAUUUUACAUUUAAUAUACACGUAGAUGAUAAUUAUGGAUUUUAUGAUACUAUAACAAACGUGUCCACUGGAAUGGUUCAUGAAAUCAUGGAAGGGAGAGCUGAUCUCGGAGUAACUGAUCUAACAAUUACUUCUGAACGUGAAUCUGGAGUUGAUUUCACAAUUCCGUUUAUGAAUUUAGGAAUUUCAAUAUUAUACCAAAAACCACGCAAAGAUCCACCCAAACUUUUCUCUUUCAUGGAUCCAUUUUCUGGAGAAGUUUGGGUGUAUUUGGGUCUCGCCUAUUUCGGAGUAUCAUUAAGUUUAUUCAUUCUGGGCCGUUUGGCUCCACCUGAAUGGGAUAAUCCUUUUCCUUGUAUAGAAGAUCCAACCGAAUUAGAUAACCAAUUGAGUUUGGGAAAUUCUUUGUGGUUUUCUACUGGAUCUUUAUUGCAACAAGGUUCUGAAAUUGCACCAAAAGCCUUAUCGACAAGAGUAUUGGCUUCAUUCUUUUGGUUAUUCACAACUAUUGUUGUUGCAUCAUAUACAGCAAAUUUAGCAGCUUGUCUCACACUUGAAUCACCCACUAGCUUGAUAAACGAUGUCAAAGAUCUUGCUGAUAGAAAAGGUGGCGUGAACUACGGAGCCAAGAGUAAGGGCAGUACAAGGAAUUUUUUUAAGAACUCGGAAGAUCCGAAUUACAUAAAAAUGAAUGAAUAUAUGAUUGCGCACCCAGAACAAUUGACCAGUACCAAUGAGCAAGGUGUCGAGAAAGUUCUAGGUGGAAACUAUGCUUAUUUGAUGGAAUCAACUUCUAUUGAAUACAAUGUGGCCAGAAUAUGUAAUUUAACACAAAUUGGCAGGUUACUGGAUGAAAAGAGUUAUGGCAUUGCUAUGAGAAAGAAUUGGCCAUAUCGUGACAAAAUCAACGAUGCACUUCUUGAGCUUCAAGAAUCGGGUGUAUUGUCGAAAAUGAAAAACAAAUGGUGGAAUGAAGUUGGAACCGGUGGUUGUACGACUAAAUCGGAACAAUCGGAAGCCGCCAAACUGGGUAUGCCAAAUUUGGGUGGAGUUUAUUUUGUACUUUUGGUUGGAAGUUUAAUAGCUGCGGCAUGUGGUAUUAUAGAUUGGUUAUUCUUUGUAUUUAGGAAAGCAAGGCAUUAUCAAGUUCCAUUUAAAGACGCUCUGAAGGAAGAAUUUAAGAUUGUUGUCGAUUUUGAAAAUAAUACCAAAAUCGUUCGAAGUACUGGGUCUAUAUAUUCAAGAAAUUCGUUUUCCACAAUUGAAGCAAAUGACUCUGAAGAAAGUAGUGAACAUUAAUGACAUUUUAAAAUAAAUAAAGAACAAAUUGUUAAUAAAAAAGAUCAUAAGAUAAAGAUACCUACAUAAUCAUUAAAUUU